GCCUUGCUAUUGGUAUCAGUUUGAUCGCAGAGCAGUUCUAAUACAAUACUAGAAUUUAAACACCGUCAACGGUGCGAUGGCGUUAAAGUUUACGAUAUUUCUAAUAGCGGCUGUGAGCGCUGCCAGCCUUCAAGAUUAUCAUCAGCAACAACAGCAACAACAGCAACAGAUGCAACAGCAGCAACAACAGCAACAGAAUCAGCCUGACCCAUGGGAUUUAAAACGAUAUGCGGCCGAUGCCCAGAACCAAAACGAUGACCAAGUAGGAUACGAUUUCUCAUAUUCAGUUCACGAUCCAGUCACCGGAGACCAAAAAAGUCAGGAAGAAUCUCGUCGCAACGGACACGUCCGUGGACAGUAUUCCUGGGUGGAUGCCGACGGUAUUCGCCAAAUUGUCAACUAUCGCGCAGACGAUCGUACUGGAUUCAACGCCGAACAACGUCGCGAACCGGCCAAUCGCCCACGGCUCGGCCGAGUAUUGCAAUUGAUCCCCGCUCAAACAGUGGCCCCCCUCUACACGAUUGACGCUAUUUUAGCCCCCGCCUACACUUCGGUUUCACGAGUGGAUCAAAUACGUCGACGUGAUCAGGUAUCGCGUGAAAAUCGAGGGGAUAACUCUGAUGAUGAACGUGACAGCCGAAGCAAUGCGCGGGAUUCACUGUCAGAUCGCCGUGAAGAUCGUCGAGACAGUGUGCGAAAUGAUCGACUAGAGGAACCACGUGAUGAUCUUCGGGAUGAACGUCGUGAUGAUGGCCGUGAUGAACGCCAAGAGGAGCGUCGGGACGAACGUCGAGAGGAUCGUCAUGAAGACCGCCGCGAAGACCGUCGAGAUGACCGACGAGAGGAUCGCCGUGAGGAUCGCCGUGAGGACCGGCGGGAUGCCACACGUGAGGAUAGUCGGCAAACUAGUUUGAGAGACGAUCGUGUGGACGAGCGCAAUGACGAUCGUCGAGGGGAUCGCCAGGAUGAACGCCGCGAGGAGCGACGUGACGAACGCCGGGAUGAUAGACGUGACAAUCGGGAUGAUCGACGUCCAGCAGGACAGGACAUUACCUCACAAUCGGAAGUUCGGUUCCAAGCGCCCUCUGUUUCUUACCAAUACAGCAACUGAGCUUCAUUGUCAGACCACUGCCACACACGAAACGUAAUCACCGCCAUACCUGUCAUGCAAAGG